AUGGCUGCCGCUUGCCCUCCCGCCUCCCGGCGCUACAUUUAUCCGGGCUUCGCGCUCCCAGCGAUAGGCUCGUCCGGCUUCGGGGUGGGGCCGCCUAGUCCCUGUCCCCUUCCUGCCUCGGGGCCGGUGGCCAAUGGGGCUGGGCCCCGAGAGCCGCCUCCCGCCCCUGCCCCUGGACCGCCCCCCUCCUGCUCCCUCCCGCAGCUCUCCGCCCCUCGGGAUCCGAGGGGUGCUCCGGUGCUUCGGCCCCGGUUCCUGGCCGCUCGGGGCCCCCAGGCCAGGUGCGGGGCUGCGUCCUGCCUUCCCCGGGAACCCCAGAAGAGACUGACUAGCCCAGGCUCCCCAGUCCUCGUCCCGAUCCCGGGCUGUGUCCCGAGGGGAAAGCCCAGGAAGGCGAGCGCUCUCCGGAACUCAGUCCUCUCCCUUUCCAGAUGUUUUUUUAUUGAAACCUCUUCCACGGAAAUGCUUGGAAGGGGGGCCAGUUUGGAAAAAGACUCAGGGUCCCCCUCGUCUUUAGAACAAGGAGUCGCUUUCCUGACCAACGCCCCUCUGCAGGGACUUGACAGGUCCUUGGCCGCAUUCCCGGGAGGGCCCUGGUGGCUAUUCAUCGGCCUUGAAACAACGGUGCCCCGCUUAUCCAUCCCGGGAUGUUUGGAUUUAGAACUCCGCAUCUGCGAAACUGACUCAUUGAAAGUUUCCCUCACCUGUGGCCAGGGGGGAAAGUGGACACCUGCCCAUCCUUCUGAAACCCUCACUUCUAGGACAGAGGCGAGAAUUGGAGACAGUACACACAUAUGUGUACAUAUAUAUGUUCUGUCACCAAGCUGUUUUUUAAAUUGUGAACCUAAAGCAGAAACACACCUUCAAAAGAUGGGUGGAGGUGUUUUGCAAACCAUUGAAUUAAACAAAAAACUUCAUCAUCUUUUUCCUCAGAUAGUUGUAAGAGAUUUCAAUUCCAGCUCAUGA